AUGUGUAAUCCAGAACCGGAACCGGAAAGCGAUGAGGAGUUUGAAGAGAUUCUAAACUUUCUCUCUGAAUCUGAUUCAGCAUGUUCGGUCAAUAGUGAGGGCAGUGAAUUUGAGUGUUUUCUUAAGGUUAAAGAUGCCAAUGUCGAGGAAGAUGAUGUUCAGAUGAUCGAAAUCGGUAAUGAGACCUGCGCGUUUGGUUUCGGAAGUGAAACGCGUCAGAAGGACGACGUAAGCUACGAUGAGUUGAUUGAAUUCCUUAUCCAGCAAGUUCGAAUGCUGAAGUCCGUAUCAAGCGAUCUACAACAUCGCUCUCAAGGGACUAGCAUCAAGGUGGCCGGUCCAAACCCGAAGAAAUUGUCCACAUUCAAGUCCGUUGUCAAUGCUGCUACAAGUGAAGUCAAGUCGAACACUCUUCAUUGCCCUGCAUGUUCCGAGAAGCAUCUGCUACACCAGUGUUCAACAUUCAACAAGCUGUCCGUAUCCCAACGACGAGAGUUGGUAACCCAGCGAAGCUUGUAUUGGAACUGCUUUCGUUCUGGUCAUCAAGCGCGGGCCUGCAAAUCCAAAUUUAGUUGCAGAACCUGCCAAGCCAGACAUCACACCUCGCUGCACGACGCAGCUCCGAAGAAGACAACUCCUGCCGUACCUUCGAAUCCUCCUAUGCAACAACCAGCUCCAUCCACGUCAGCGCACGCGGGGACCUCUGGAUCAGCGCAUCCACCAGAAGUUAGCAUGGCUAUCCAAUCGAACCACAGCACGGUCCUACUGGAAACGGUUGUUCUAAUCGUCGUCGAUCAACACGGCAAGGAAUUCACCGUACGAGCGCUCCUAGAUUCUGCAUCGAUGUCCAAUUUCAUCACCAAGCGGGUGGCAUACGCUCUUGUCACGCAGCGUACUGCAGUAGACGUCGUUGUAUCAGGACUAGGAGAAUCCGUCAAGCAGAUCAAACGUCAAAUCACGGCUACGAUCAAAUCGAAAACGAACACCUUUUCCUCCACACUCGAAUUUCUCGUAAUGAAGAAACCAUCUGCCAAUCUUCCGACUAUCGCCAUCAACACAGCUGCGUGGAACUUACCAAGCGUUCCACUGGCCGAUCCGCACUUCAAUAUUCCGGGCAUGAUCGAUAUCAUCAUCGGUGGGGAAUGCUACCACGAAAUCCACACCGGUAACCGCAUAGCACUCGGGAACGGUCUACCAUUGCUGGUCGAAACACACUUCGGGUGGGCAGUUUCUGGAAAAACGUCCACCAAUUCCGCUGUUGCACCACCAGCAUGCUACAUAUCAACCACCGACCGAUCCCUCGAAUCAGCGCUUCAACGUUUCUGGGAGCUUGAAGCCGUCGAUAAUGGCCCGACGCAUUCCUCAGAAGAGAAACUGUGCGAAGAGAUCUAUGCCACUACUACCACUCGAACUCACGAUGGAAGGUACGUUGUACGCCUUCCUCGGUCCGAAGAUCCGCAAGUCACACUCGGAGAGUCCCGAGAAAUUUCCACACGCCGCUUCUACAGCCUUGAGCGCCGCCUUGAACGAGAUCCUGCCUUGAAGAAAGCCUACCACGAUUUUGUGGAAGAAUACCUCCGCCUCGAUCAUAUGCGCAAACUCGAUUCUGUUGACGACGAAGUUCCGCAUUGUUAUCUGCCGCAUCACCCGGUAUUCAAGGAGAGCAGCACCACCACAAAGGUACGCGUGGUGUUCGACGCUUCCUGUAAGACCUCCUCCGGAAUGUCACUCAACGAUAUACUCCUCGUCGGCCCAGUUGUGCAGCAGAAUCUCGACACCAUCCGCUUCCGUUUUCACGUUGUUGCCAUUGUGGCUGACGUAGAGAAAAUGUACCGUCAGAUUUUCCACUUUCCUGCUGAUCAACAUUUCCUACGCAUUCUAUUUCGUCGAAGGCCAUCAGAUCCAAUCGACACAUACGAGCUCCUCACGGUUACGUAUGGAACAUCCUCCGCCCCGUUCUUGGCAACACGUACACUGCAGCAGCUAGCGAAAGACGAAGGAGACAUUUACCCGGAAGCAGUAGAAGCUGUCGUCGAAGAUUUUACGUCGAUGAUCUCCUUACUGGCGCAGACAACUUGGAGUCUGCCAUAG